GAGAGAGAGAGAGAGCAGAUUGAGCGGUGUAAGCGGAAUGCUCCACAGCGCCAUAUAAUGCACGGUAGCUCCGUGUCCCGUCCGUCCGCCGCCGUCUCUCCUGACCCGGCCUACUUGAUGGGGUUUGCCAAGUCUCCUGGCACCUGAUGCUACUUUUUCACUCAGUUCGAGUGAGCAACUAAUGGGAAAUAACCAUAAUAACAAACCAUGAAGCUAUGAAGACAGUUACCAGAGAUGACUGAUGUGGAGCCUGUUGUCACAGACUUUACGUCAACGGGGCGUACUGGUCGACGUAAUGCCAUGCCUGAUAUUCUGGGCUCCAGUGCUGGAGCAGGAGCUGCUGAUCUGUCUGGAAAACUGGCCGAACUGUCAGUAGUUGGUGAUGCAGAUGGAGGGGGCGAGGGAUCAUCCUCCAGCCCACCUAGCAGUCCAGAGGAGGAGAAGGCCAAGGCCACGUAAUACAGCCUUCAUCUUCGUAUUACAACAGAUGUACUGACCACCCUCAGAAGGACUGAUGGAUGGAGACACUGAUUAACACAGAAAGAGAGAGUGAGAGAGAGAGAGAGAAAGAUGGACAGAGAGAGACUCUUCACCAUAGGCCAUCUCCCUACAGACACCCCCAACCCUCUUGACCAGAAAACUGUAAACUCACUCGCUGUCACUAUGCAACAUCUUUCAGGAUGACGUUACCAUGGCAACACAGUGGGUGGAGGAGACAGGUGAUGGAGAGAGUGAAGUGAAGGUCAUCAACAGCAGCAUGACUGUGCUGCGGAGAGACAAGAUGGAUGGUGUAUGCUGAUGAUGAUGCUGAUGAUGGCGGUGAUCUGAUCAUUAUGACGAAGAGCAAGCAAAAUGCAAUGGUGAAGACCCUGAUGGUGAUGAUGAUGAUGAUGAUAAAGGGAGACUAUGUGAUUGUUUUCAGGUGUCUGAAGAGGAACCCAUGGAUCUCAUCUUUCCAUGCGUGGAUAUCUUGAGCCACUGCUAUCAACUGAUUAUUGGCAUUGUGUCCUUGUCACAUAAGUAGCAUAUGCAGUGAUUUCAUCGAUGGCACCAACUGUGGAAAUUUGCCUGUGGCUCAUAAAAGAAAAUGUAAUUUCAUAUUUGAAAGUAGAGAGUCGUGCAAAACGUAAUGGAGUUCAAUUCCAAACCUAAGCAUUUUUUUCUCUGAAUGUCGACAAUGUAGCAUCGGGAAUGUUUUUUUCUUUUUCUUUUUAUCUUUUUUCACAACAAAAACAUUCCAUUUGGUGAUGUAAAGUACAAUUUUUAUCUUCUCUGUGGUUUACUAGGCUGUGGUACAGUACAAACCUCAACCUUGUAUGUCUUUUUUUCACAGGUGCAAUAGAAAUGAAAACUAAUUUAUUAGAAGUAAAAGAAUAUAAGGUGUAUUUUGGGUCUGUAAAUAGUUUUACAUUGCAGUAUAUCUGUGUCCAUACUGUAAAGCUACAUUUCAGUGUUUACUGACGCUAAUAAAACUGAUGCUAUGUACAGUA